AUGUCGGAUUCGUUUUCUGAGGCCCUCAAUGAAUUUCUUUCUGGUCAGGGAAAGACUUUGGAAGAUCUUAAGUCCCUUGGGUUAGGCGCAGAGGUAGAGGAAGGUGAUGGCAACAAACCAAUUGUCCAUGUCAUUGACAAGGGUUCCAGCAGGUCAUAUCGCCGUCUGAGGCUGUUUUCGGGGAAAUCGCCCGUUCCAUCUGGCGAGUUAGACUUUGAAAAUUGGCGGCGGUUGGCUCACCAACUCCUGAAAGAUGAGAACAUCCCGGACGGCGAGAAGAAGAGCAGAAUCACAGAGUCGCUGGUUCCACCCGCUCUUAACGUCGUCUGGGCUGUAGAAGACGGGAGCCCCGCUCAUGAAUACCUGACGUGCCUGUCCCGGGCGUAUGGGUCUACGGCAGAUGGGGAUGAGCUUUUGACGAAUUUCAGGUGCACUUAUCAGAAAGCAGACGAAAAGGCUUCCGAUUAUCUCCUCCGGCUGCAUACCCUUUUAACACAGGUCGUUGAAAUGGACGGCAUUAACCCCGAAGAUUCCGACAAGACGCUGUGUAGCCAAUUCCAGCGAGGCUGCUUGUAUAAUGACCCGCUGCUCAGCAUGCUCCAGCUGAGAGCAAAGAAGGACAAUCCCCCUGGUAUGCUGCAUCUCCUUCGGGAAGUGAGAGCUGCAGAGGCCUUGCUGGAAGAGAAAUCUGACAGAAGGAAAAGCGAGUCCAAGCCAUUGAAGAAGGUAACCACCAUGGCCCAGACCGCGCAGGAUGUCAAGACGGCCCCCAGCCCAGCAGCAAGAAACGGCGGAGAAGUGGCCGAGUUGCGGCAAACCGUUGAUCGUUUGCACCGCCGACUUGACGGGUUUUUUAAGAACCAACCCAACACUCCCCGUCGUCCAUCUCCUUCAGCCACAGCACCAGGUAGAAAUUUCCGAUCCAUUUUUUGCUACCAGUGUGGUGAAGACAACCACCGAAUGGAUUCCUGCAGCAAGCCAAAGAACCCAGCCCUGGUACAAGAGAAGAUGAUGUUGCGUUUGUCCCGACCUAAGAGUGAGCAGAGUUCGGAAAACGACAGCGGACAGCUGUAG